UACCACUUUUACACUAGGGUGGAGAGAGGAAAUUCGUGUAAAGUGCCUUUCCCAAAGACACCACGUCGGCCCUGCCGCGGCCAGGACUCAAACCCACAACCUUUCGGUCGAGAGUCUGACAGCCUAACUACUAGGCCACCUCUGGUGUUUCCGGGGGUCCAUUUUAAGCCUCUUCUCGAUUUUGUACUCCUGUUAGGAUUAUGAGAUUUAUGGAUGGUCGUUUACUUAAUUUUUUUGCAUUCAAGGGGUGUCAUCUUCAUCGCUACAUGUUUAUAAUCAUUAGAACUAAAUUUAGCAACAUAAGAUCAUGUGUUGUACUGCACCGUCCUACAAACAGUAACCACUGCUUAUCAGAGCAAUAUUCCGAAGGUGAUAGUCAAAGUUUAGUUAUGGUGAAUUUCAUGCAGACUACAUUUAUUUUUAUCAUGGUGAUGUUAAAAGGAUCUACAUGUUCUGACGGCCUUUACUGCCUGACUUGCACUGAUGCUAUAUCACCUAGGCAUUGCCAUGAAAUAAGGAAAUGUUCUCCAGGAGAGAUUUGCUUUGUAGAAAAGCAUAGUAAUAAAAAUGGCAUGGACCUGUUCGAUACGGGAUGUGUGUUACCAUCAGCAUGCCACUCAAAGCGAAGUAUAUCUGGCACCAAUCAAUAUAACAGUAACUGCACGGAGUGCUGUCACUCGGACGUUUGUAACCAAAGAGGAUGUGGAACUGAAGGCUUUCCAACCGAGAGAGGACCUCUCUGUUUCAAUUGCCCUCAGUCAUCUGAUCCAGAAUUGUGUGACAAAGUCAAAGUUUGUGAAAAUUAUCAGAAAUGCCAUAUUCAAAGGGAAGUUGAAUUUGGGGAUGAAUACUUUACACAGUCUUGCAUAAAUAAUCACGAGUGUGUGAGCACUACAAAUGUCUUUGGAAAACGGCUUUUGCAGAAUUGUCCAACAUGCUGUGCAACCGAUCUAUGCAACAGGCAAUGUGGAGAUCAUGAAACAACAACUCCAGGGUCUCUUUACCCAUCAAUGUCAUGUCCGCCGGACUGGGUUGAAUUUCAAUCAGCUUGUUACAAAUAUGUUCAGGAGCCAAUUGAUUGGAGUAAAGCAGAGGAUAUGUGUAAAAAUAUGGGAUCCCACCUGGCAUAUAUUGAAAGCAGGGCAGAGAAUGACUUUGUGAAUGAUCUAACUGGCAGCGACAGAGUUUGGCUUGGCGGUACAGAUAUGCACGAGGAAGGAAAAUGGGUUUGGUCUAGUGGAUCAUCUUUCAAUUUUUCCAAUUUCUUCUCGACGAAAGCAAUCAACAUUGCAGCUGAGGAUUGUUUAUAUAUGUAUGGUGAUUACGGUCAAUGGAACGAUUAUUAUUGCAACCAUAGAUAUGAUUUUGUGUGUGAAAGAAACCUUGGUUGAUAUUUCCUUAACAUAUGUACGAGAUAUAUACAUGUAAGAGAUUGAUUCAUCUUUAAAUAUGAUACAAAUUCUAA